AUGACAGGAGGUAAAUCUGCAGGAGGAAAGGCUGGUCCUACCAAGAACUCGCAAUCCCGUUCAUCCAAGGCUGGUCUCGCAUUCCCAGUUGGUCGUGUCCACCGUCUUCUCCGCAAGGGCAACUACGCUCAACGUGUUGGUGCUGGUGCCCCCGUCUAUCUUGCCGCAGUUCUCGAGUACCUCGCGGCCGAAAUUCUUGAAUUGGCUGGCAACGCUGCCCGCGACAACAAGAAGACCCGUAUCAUUCCACGUCAUCUCCAACUCGCCAUCAGAAACGAUGAGGAAUUGAACAAACUUUUGGGACAUGUUACAAUCGCACAGGGUGGUGUCUUGCCAAACAUUCAUCAAAACCUUCUACCAAAGAAGACUGCCAAGGCUGCCGGUGGAAAGCCUGCCAGUCAAGAGCUAUAG